AUGGGGGUGUUGAUGUCCAAACGGCAGACAGUGGAGCAGGUGCAAAAGGUGAGCCUGGCUGUGUCUGCCUUCAAGGAUGGGCUACGGGACAGGCCUUCCAUCCGACGCACUGGUGAGCUUCCAGCGUCCCGCCGUGGCACUGUAGAGGGCUCUGUCCAGGAGGUACAGGAGGAGAAAGGAGCAGAGGCAAGUACCCCAGUGCUCCUGGAAGAGAGCAGUGUCAGUCGUGCGGCUUGGGAGAGGCUCCGAGAUGGGCGUGGAGUGGAGCCGGAGGAGUUUGACAGGACUAAUCGUUUCACACCCCCUGCCUUCAUCCGCCCCACCCGGAAGCUGGAUGAUGACAAACCUCCUGAUAUCUGCUUGGAGCCCAGGGAACUUGUUGUCAACGAUGAGAUGUGUGAUGUCUGUGAAGUCUGGACAGCUGAGAGCCUCUUCCCAUGCAGGAUCUGCACCAGGGUUUUCCAUGAUGGCUGCCUGCGCCGCAUGGGCUACAUCCAAGGAGAUAGUGCAGCAGAGGUGACUGAGACAGCCCACACAGAAACUGGCUGGAGCUGCCACUACUGUGAUAAUCUCAACUUGCUGCUAACUGAGGAGGAAAUGUACAGCCUCACAGAGACCUUUCAGCAGUGUAAAGUCAUUCCUGAUUGCUCCCUGACACUGGAGGACUACCUGCGCUACCGCCACCAAGCAGCAAAGCGGGGGGACAGUGACAGGGCUCUAAGCGAGGAGCAAGAGGAGCAGGCAGCCCGCCAGUUUGCAGCCCUGGACCCUGAACAUCGAGGACACAUAGAGUGGCCUGACUUCUUGUCCCAUGAGUCCCUCCUACUUCUGCAGCAAUUGCGUCCCCAGAACUCUCUGUUAAGGCUUCUGACAGUGAAAGAGCGGGAGCGAGCCCGGGCCACCUUCCUAGCCCGGGGCAGCGGGAGCACUAUCAGUGAGGCAGAGUGCCGUGGAGCCCAGCACUCUUGGUUCUGCAAACACCUUGCAGAGGCUCCUUCCUGCAGUGUCAGCAGCAUCAGCCAUGUGGGUCCCAUAGCAGACAGCAGCCCAGCCAGCAGCAGCAGCAAGAGUCAAGACAAGGCUCUGCUGCCCACAGAGCAGGAGUCCAGAUUUGUGGACUGGCCUACCUUUCUGCGGGAGAAUGUUGUCUACAUCUUGGCUGCUCGCCCCAACAGUGCAGCAAUUCAUCUGAAACCCCCAGGAUAGCAUGGAGCAGAGAAGCUCAGUUCAGAGACAGUGGUCUCCCUCCUCUCCUUUUUCUCUUUCCCUCUUUCCCCCACCAUCCUCUGGUACUGAGACUUGUGGGGAUGGAGUAUUGCCAGCAUCUCAAUUUGCCACUAAGCUUUAUGGAACUGAAAUCACUGCGUCCCUCACAACAGAGGCAGUAUAUGCAUUGCUGCAGGGAAAAGCCCUGGGAACUGUGGCAGUAGCCACUCUUGGACCCACCCCCCAGCCCUCACAUCCUAGACUAGACCUGCCACUGCACACAUAUGUGUGCACACACACACAUACACACAUGCCUAGCUGUCCAUGCCUACAGAGACCUGGUUCUUCUUGGUUGAAAAAGGACCAAAGUUCCUUUGUGAAGCUCCUGGUGUAGAUGAGAGGGGUCUCUAUUCACCCCUUCUAUUGGCCAGUUCUGAUUUCCAAUAGACAAGUCUCUGGCCAAGUGAUUCUUAAUAAUAGGGCAUCAGACUCACACGCUGUCCUAGAGAUGCUGAUAGGCUCCCUCUUCCUCCGUUGAAAAUCCCUUCUGUGGUGAGCCACUGUUCUGGUAGGUAUGUGCUCUGUCCCUCAGCUAUGUUGGGGUGGGAAAGUUACUGAAAACCACCACUGCACUUCAGCCACUGUUUAUUUCAAUUCUAAUUUCUAGUGACAGAGAAGGCAACUAGUCUAUGGAG